CGUCUUAUUCUAUUCCAUCAAAUGAGUUUGGUUGUACAGAUUUGCUAAGUCUGCGCGCGACUUUUAGCGUUUUAUGAUCUCGGUCAUUUAAUUCAGCUCAAGUAUCACCAUGUCGGUGGCGUUCGCACCUCACAGACAACGUGGCAAGGGUGAUAUCACCCCCGCCGGAAUACAGAAGUUACUUGAUGAAAAUAACCAUUUGAUUCAGAGUAUUAUGGACUUCCAGAGCAAAGGCAAAACAACAGAGUGUUCACAGUAUCAACAAAUACUGCACAGAAAUUUAGUGUACCUGGCCACAAUAGCAGACUCUAAUCAGAACAUGCAGUCUCUUCUCCCAGCACCACCCACUCAGAACAUGGCCAUGGGCCCCGGUGGGAUGAACCAAAGCGGAGGUCCGCCUCAGCCCAGUCACGGUCACAACAUGCCCUCCGAGGGUAUGGUGGGCUGCGGCCCGCCUGCCCCGCACAUGCAGAACCAGAUGAACGGACAGAUGCCUGGGCCCAAUCACAUGCCCAUGCAGGGCCCCGGUCCAGGCCCUAACCAACCCCCGAACAUGCCGGCCGGCUCUAUGAACAUGCCACCGAGUAACCACGGCACGAUGGGCGGCUACAACCACGCUGUCCCUUCGUCGCAGGGCAUGCCAGCGCAAAGCCAGAUGAACAUGACGCAGGGCCAGCCCAUGGGCAACUACGGGCCGCGACCCAGUAUGAACAUGCAGCCCAAUCAAGGCCCCAUGAUGCACCAGCAGCCUCCCUCCCAGCAGUACAACAUGCCUCCGGGUGGGGGCGGCCAGCACUACCAAGGCCAGCAGAACCCAAUGGGUAUGAUGGGCCAGGUUAACCAGGGCAAUCACGUCAUGGGGCAGAGGCCGAUGCCUCCGUAUAGACCGCCUCAGCAAGGACCCCCUCAGCAGUACCCAGGGCAGGAAGACUACUAUGGGGACCAGUACAGUCACGCACAGGGAGCCUCGGAAGGUAAUGCCCAGUAUGGUCAACAGCAAGAAGCCUAUCAGCAAGGCCCCCCACAGCAGCAGGGUUACCCUCCUCAGCAGCAGUACCCUAGUCAGCAGGCCUACCCGCCGCCGCAGCAGGGCUAUGUUCCUUCUCAGAAUGCCCCGGGACAGUACCCCAACUACCCCCAGGGGCAGGGACAGCAGUACGGUGGCUAUCGCCCCCCUCAGCCCGGACCCCCGCAAGGCCAGCAGCAGCGCCCUUACGGCUACGACCAGGGGCACAUGAGGAAAUAAAGGCCCGGGGAUUUGAACCCCCUGACUAGCUCUAUAAGAAGCAAAGGUAAAUGGUUGCUGUGAAGACCUCAACGUCCAAUCUAGAUGUUUUGAACACCUAGCCUCAAUUUUGCAUUUUAUGUUUUCCUUCUGUCUCUUUUCUUUCCUUUUUCUUCUCCUCUUUCUUUUGUAAGGUGAAAAGAUUGCCAUUUGUGUUCCUUUUUAACACUGUUGGUUAGCCAGGGGUCGAAUUUAUAAGCAAUUGAGGUCAGGAAACAACAUGCUUUGCCAAGACUCAAAACACAUACAUUCUGUUUAUGUGUCUUUACUUAAUAUUUGCAACAAAAAAAAUGUGUCAUUCUUUGGAUUGAAGUCAUACUAUUAAAUUAAACACACUUCGACCCCUGUUUAGAAAUACAUUAGCUACCACUUCCUUGCCCUGAAUCUGUAUCACUGAACAGAACCAUCCUCGAGUACAGUGUUUCUCAAAUUUGUUCACAUAAAAAAAAAAAAAACAGAUCAAACAAUUUACACUCCUGAUAUACAAAAUCAGUAGCCCUGUUUACUAAUCCAGCAGUUUACUGUGGACUAGUUCAAGUUGAAAGGCUGAACAGAAGAACAAUUUGGAUCUAAACUUCACGAAAGCCGGAUGUUUUCCGCAAUCUAAAGUACAACCAACCAUAAUGGAGUGAAUGGAGCGCUCAUACAUCAACGGGUGUUAGGGCCACACUGCAAAGCAAAGAAACAAAAUACUAUACUGCAAAAAUAAAGCUGUAAACCUACUAGGAUAAAAGGCAUAAUUCUUUCGAUUUCUUUUUUUUGUUUGUGACUUAUUACAAGAUAAAAUUGUAUUUUGUGGGAAAGCGGGAGAAUAUUCUGAGAAUCGUCAUGAUUUAAAAAUGCCAACCAAAAUAUGGGUGAUGUGAAGUUUUUUUUGUUAUACUUUAUUAUACUGUAAGUUUCAGGAAAAAAAAAUGAAAUACAUGUGCAUAAUAUUUUUGAAGCCAUUGUGUAAACUGCCGACAUUCAAGAGAGCUCUCGGUGGCAAGUCUCAGAUGGAUGCGUGCUCUCUGCCGGAAUAUGAAAUUUAUUUAAGGACUUUUUUUUCCCUGCUGAGAAUAGCUCUUGUCACAUUAACAAUUUAAAAAAAAAGCAUUCUUUUGUUGAACCCCACCUCGUCUUUUUUUAAAAUUUCAAUAAUAGUAAAUGCAUUAUGCCAUUUUAUUGAGGGGAAAAAAACCCUCUCUUAAAUAAUGUGAAGGAUAUUUUGUACUUUAUCAUGAAAUUUAUUUUUAUUUAAAACAUUUUUUUUUAAAAACAACUUGUAACUUUAUUUUAAAACAAGUUUUUUUCUAACUACUUAUUAAAAAAAAAUUUUAAAUUCCACUGUGAAUAAAAUCCUCCUUUUAAUAGAAAAAAAUAAAACCGAAAAAAAUUGCCAUUGUCAUAGAAUGAAGAAUUUUUCUAUAAAACCAUAACAACAAAAUACGACUUUUCCAGUGUGUUCCUAAGACUCAUUCCAAAUGAAAAGCAAUUGCUUGCAGUUACUUGUUCCUUUUGCACUGACACAGCGGCACAACAGUCCGAUCUGCUUCACAUGUUUUCAUUUAUUCACGGACCCCCUCGUGGUUUCUUGGGGACCACCGGUGGACUGUGGGACACACUUUGAGAAACACUGCUCAAGCCAAUCAAGAGUCCCACUGCAAACCUCCAGUGUCUCCAAUAGUGUUUAGAGCUCGCCACUUGUGAGGAUCUGCUCCCAUCUGCUGGUGAAUACAGGCAAAUGCAGCCAUAUGUCAUGGUGUGCAGUCUAUCACAGAAGCCACAGAUGUUUGUUGAUAGCUCAGAUGUCAUUUUGUCUUGUCUUGAUGUUUUAUUUAUAUCUAAAUCAGUAACUUGAGCCCUGUCACCUUUCUUCCUCCCUCACAGGGCCAGUAUGGAAAUUACCAGCAAUGAGAAACGCCCCCCUCCCCCCUACAGAUGACAUGAGUCACAACAGCACAAACAAACGAACGGGAAAAAAAUUUCUGUUUUUGGCUCAUAAACAUGUCUUCUCAACUUAUCCUCCUCUCCCUUUUUUUAGUUUGUUUUUGUGGUCCAGUACGUAUCAAAGCGGCAGUGCCUUAAAGAUGGAGCUGCCUUAUCCUUGAGCAUUGCGUCGACUGUACGCCAAAAUUUCAUUUUUUUUAAAUGAUUUUAUUUUUUACAGACGAUUCAAAAGUAAUUAUACUGUGGUUCAUGCUUCAGCUCCCUGUUAAUAAGAAGCAAUAAUGCCAGCAGUAGGAGGAGGCUGUGUGUAAAAAUGUAGAGGGACACGGCGUAAAGUUUAGAUAGCAGCCAAACUUCCUUGUUACACCUGCCCAUACAGGUACACGUCUAUGUAUGCGAUGUGUUUUAUUCUUUUUUUUUUUUUGAGGCAGAUGACUUUGUAUAAGACAUUGGAAGCUAGUACUAAGAUGUGUAAGUGUCAAGCAGUUUUUUUUUUUUUUGUGGGGUGGGGGGGGGGGUGUUGUUAUCCAGCACAUUGUUGUUAUGACCUGAACCAUUCAAACGAUUUGCAAUUGCCUUCCUUAAAUUGUAAUUAGGAGGAGAGCAAACUUGCCACAAGAACAUGUUUUUAUACUGAAAAGCAUCUUUGCUGUACUAAAUAAGCUGUGCCAAGUCUAGUGGUGAAAAAAAAGUUUUUUGUUGUUGGGGUUUUUUUUUGGCCGGGCCACAAGAUGUGGUCAACAGUUUGUCGGGGUAUGUAGCAGACACCGUUUUUGAACUCCAAGGAAGCGCAGCAACAAAAGAAGCGAAGGGCCACACUGAAAAGAAAAAGUGUAAAAUGAUGAGACAUUUCAAGUAUACACUUGUAAUGUUAGCAUGGUCCUAUUGUUACGAGAGGAGUUACAAAGUUGUCAAAUUUCAUCUUUAUGCUCGUAAAAUUGAUUUCUCAUAAGUUACCGAAAAUAUUAUUUUUAAAAAUAUUUGUGAGUUAUUUCCUAUGUAAUGCAUGGUGUCAAACUAAUAUUUGUCGGAAGAUACAUUGUAGUUGUGAUCUGCUUUGCCGCAAAAACGAGAAGCUUUUCCAUAUAUGUGAUGCAAGAUGAUUAGAGGAUGGUUCGAUUUGAAUAUGAAAUGAUUCAAUUUGGGUCAACUCGGAGAGAUUCUGAUUAGUUUGAAGGGAGUAUGAUGUAAUUUCUUUUUUUUGUGAAUUUAUAUGGGUUGGAGCCAAUUUGUCAGUAAUGCAAUUGUGCGAUGCCCUUCCAAGUUCUACAGGACCUCUCCAAUAAAAUGCAAUUUGAUCAGUAUGUCCAUAUACCUCAAAGUGAAACAAUUCUUGUAAUAUUAUAAAUUUAGUUGUCCUCAAAUGACUUAUUUCUCGUAACAUUACAACUUCAUCCCGGUCAAAGUUGUCUUAAGUACUGUACUGUAUUUCGUUCUUCCGAAAUGAACGCUUAAUCCUCCUCUUAUUUUCAUUCCUUUUGUUUGUUUUCAGUGUGGCCCUCAUACUCCUUUUGCCUAUUGACUGCAAUUUGAUGAAAUCGGAGGUCCUAAAACAAUAUUUCUGACAAUGUGUUAUGGCUAACAAUGCUGGAAUGUUUUCCUUCAUUGGAGUACGUGUCUAGGCUGUUGUGUUUUUAAAAAGUAGUGUCGUAUGUGAAUAUUAACGGCUGUCACAUAAUGUAAUAUAAGAAGUGAAACAUAAUGCUCAUGUCACAUUUCGGGGCUGCUCAUGCAGUUUCCCCGUCACUGGCUUGUUUGGUGAUGUGUCCCAUGUACAGCAGCGAGAGGGUAACACUGGCCUCUCAUAUUGGUUUUAUAUAUAUUAAAUAUAUAUAUCGAUUUAUAUAAAUCGAUAUAUAUAGUGCUGUUUUUAAAUAUUUAGCAUUCCCAUCCACACGGCGCUCCCAUUUGUGCCAUGGUAAUGUAAUACUGUACAUUCUGACAAUAAAUUGGAGGAAUCUUUAA